UGCUCUUUUUCUUUUUUAUACGUUAAGGUGCUCUUGAAAGAUUCUCGAUUUUGCUUCUAUUCGCGACGCAGAUAAAGCUUAACGCUCGGAAUAUCUUUGCACACGCAAAAUCACUUUUAUCCUCCGGUCGACGCUUCUCGCCGUUUUUUUUCGUCAGGAGUUCAGCGAUUUUAGAAUUACCGCGGAGUGACAAAAGUGACGUUUCCUUUUGUUUUGGUCGAGCUUCCACGUCUCGUGUUAAUCAGCUGUUGCGAUUUUUCGAAAGAUUGUAUCGGAUAGAGCAUAAUGCUCUAAGUGUUAAUUUCUGAGAUUAGUCAAGUUGAAUCUUUGGAUAACAAUGAAUUUCUCAGAGAAAGGACUGGAUAGCCUACUCAAGGAAGAAUGGAUAUCGAAACUGGAAGAGAAGACUUACAUCCAAAAAAUGUCAAUGAACAACAUGAUCAUGAAUUAUCUAGUCACAGAAGGAUUCAAGGAAGCUGCCGAGAAGUUCCAACAGGAGUCGGGAGUAGGUCCGACGGUGGAACUGAGCUCCCUGGAUGACAGGAUCCGUAUUCGAGACGCUAUACAGAACGGUCAUAUCCAGGAAGCGACAGAUUUGGUGAAUCAGCUACAUCCUGAAUUGUUGGACAACGACAGAUAUCUUUACUUUCACCUGCAACAGUUGCAUUUGAUUGAACUGAUACGCACAGGCAGAGUCGAGGAGGCGCUUCAGUUCGCCCAGGAUCAACUCAGCGAAGCUGGCGAGUCAGAUGAUAAUAUAUUGUGCGAGUUGGAACGUACAUUGGCACUGUUGGCUUUUGAUGAACCACAUAAGAGCCCAUUCAGCGACCUUCUACAUCCCACACAUAGACAAAAAAUUGCAAGCGAAUUGAAUGCUGCUAUAUUGAAAAUGGAACACAGAGAAUCUACCAGCCCUCGUCUCAAUAAUCUGUUGAAGAUGAUACUAUGGGCUCAAGAGGAAUUAGACAAGAAAAAAGUAAAAUAUCACAAGAUGACUGAUCUAGGUAGUGCCACAAUUGAAGAAACAAAAUAAUUUUAUAGUAGACAGAGAUUGAGAGCGUUUCUCAGCCUUAUUUAUAAAUGCGAUAAAUGAAUGUCUUGAAUUGACCUUUAAAUGUAAUCUUGUGUAAAUUGCUAUAUUCAUUUUGUAGAAAAGUAUAUUCGAAUUUUAAUCUUGUAUAACAAAUUAGAGAGGAAGAUGGUGUGUAGAAUCAUUAAUCUGUUAUAAUAAGAAUGUAAUGAUUAAAUUAAUACAUCGUUGUUACAAUUAGUAAGUAUAAGAGAUAAGAAUGCUUAUUGCGAUUAUUUCUUGUCUUUCGAAAUGUAAUGUUAACAUAACAGGUAGAGGUAUUUUCAGACUUUGUGUACAUGCAAUAUUUACUAGGAAUAGACACGCAAUAUCACACGCAAAUUAAGACUUACAUAUGACUCCGGCUAUUAGCCUAUAUAAGGUAAUAUAAUUGUAAAGAUACAUACAAAUAUAACAUGUGAUAAUAUGCAUAUUACAAUAGUCUUAAAAAAGUAACAGCCUUCACAGAGACGCUCUUACAGUAAUUAUUUUCAAAGUUAUAGAAAAGUUUAUUUUUAGGAUAAUAGAUAAUAAUUUCGUUUAAUCUUUAAGUUAAUGUCCCGCUUAAAAGUUUCCUUCCAAAAGAUUAAUAUAUUGUUUAUCAUAGUUUCCUUUCUAUAAUUUUUAAUAUAUUUUCAAUAUAAAG